UUCAUCUAUCGUGAUCAAUUUUCUGUGAAAUGGAAAUUUUUGACAAAGGGAAUAAUGCCAAGAGUUUUACCGAUUAUCAUAACAAAAAGUUGUUUGGGUAUUGGAAAACGUAUAAAACCCUUUGUCGUAAUACUUUUCCCCAAAAACAUGAAACCCUUCACCUGGAUCCUUCUUUUGGUCUCUUUAUUUGCAGUUGUCAUUGCUAAAGAAAGCUGUAACCCGUCUACUGUCAACGUUCCAUUGGAAGAAUCCCGUUUGAAGCACAAGAUUGCAGAUUUAAGCAAAGAUAAAUGAAAUGAUUUAUUGGCAUCUUAAUAACUUGAAUAAAAACACCAAAAUAUU